CCGAAAACACCCCACGGCAUUCCAUGGUUUUACGACUCCCAAAGCGCCCAUUUGUGCAACUGCCUCUUGAUGCGAACCUUGAAGAAGAGACGAAUCCGGGAUAUAGACAAGAUACCUGGUACAAUGUGCGCAUCGGCGAGAUUAUCAAGGAUAGGUAUCAAUUAUGUACGAAGAUCGGCUGGGGAGACACCUCCACCGUAUGGCUUGCCAAUGACCUUCGAAAUAAUCGAUAUCGCGUGCGAGAGCUUGAUUUCCUACUACACAUGAAGAAGCUCUCUUCUGAUCACCCUGGAGCCCAAAACAUCGUGACACUCUUGGAUCAUUUCCGCAUCCACCGGAAAGGUUUAAUAUAUAUAUGUCUCGUCACCGAUGUCCUCGGACCUAAUCUAGAACAACAAGUCCCUACGGGUCUUCGGCGACUCGAUAUCGACUGGAUCAAGGAGCAGUUGCACCGCCUAUUGCAAGCGGUCGAUUACUUGCACACUGUGGCUCAUGUAGGGCACGGCGAUAUCUGGCCCCCGAAUGUCCUUUGCGCCCUUUCGGACAGGCAGGCGCUCCGAGAACUGGAUGAGCUUGAGGCACAGCAGCCUAGUGACCGCAAGAUUGAUGGUGACCGCGUGAUCUACGUCUCGCGCACCGUCAAACUGCAAUCGUCGCACAUGCCUGUCCUCAUAGACUUUGGCAAUUCUCGACUCAGUACAUCGGCCGUAGAGAUUGAGCAUUUGCAAAGUUUAUGUGAAAGUGUCCCUAUGCAGCAGGACGAGCCAUACAAACCACAGAGAGACUUCGAGUGGAUCGGGGGGAUGUUCAUAGGAAUUAUAGAGGGCAAAACAUUAUUUAAGGUCGUAUUGACGUUACCCUCGCGUCAUCUUUCCAAAGCCAUCGAGAAUGAAGAAUAG